UUUAUUGAUCAUCUGCACCAAGUGAAAUACCCCACAGCGGGGUAAUGCACUUAAACUCAUCAGAGAUUUGACUUUUGCUGCAAUUUAACUCCUAACACCUUUUGUGAUUUUUUAAUUUUUUGUUUUAAAGUUUGACGUUUUCUGUGACAUGAAGGCUGCUGUGGCUCUGCUGAGCCUUCUCCUUCUGGUCGACAGCACUUCUGCUGCAGAGGAGUCCUGCGUUGGUCUAUGUGGCUCUUUUGACCCAGGAAGAAAAUGUCAGUGUGACUCAAUGUGUGUGUAUUACACAAGCUGCUGUGGGGAUUUUUCCACUGUCUGCGCUAAAAAAGUUACUAGAGGAGAUGUAUUCGACAAUGUUGAAGAAAACUCAACCACUAACGCCACACCGACUGUAAGCACUGCUGCUCCAACUCUUCCACCAACCACCACAUUUGGCCCCACGACUCACACUGACCUCGAUGCAGCACCUUGCAGUGGACGGCCAUUCGAUGCUUUUCUGCAGCUGAAGAACGGAUCCAUCUAUGCAUUUCGAGGUGAAUAUUUUUUUGAGUUGGAUGAUAGUUCCAUACUUCCUGGUUAUCCCAAACUUAUCCAAGACACAUGGGGGAUCUCAGGGCCCAUCAGUGCUGCGUUCACACGCAUCAACUGCCAAGGAAAAUCCUACAUCUUCAAGGGCAGCAGGUAUUGGAGAUUCAGUGGGGAUGUCUUAGAUGAGGGUUUCCCAAGAGACAUUUCUGAGGGCUUUGAUGGUAUUCCUAAUGACGUUGAUGCCGCAUUUACCUUGCCGGCACCAAAUCACCGUGGAAAGGAGAAGGCCUACUUUUUCAAAGGGGAUAAAUAUUAUAAGUAUGAGUUCAAGCACCAGCCAUCACAUGAGGAGUGUGUGCAAAUGACCAGAGCGUCUCCAUCUGUGCUCUUCACACAGUACACAGACCUGUUCUGUGAUCACAGUGGAGGAGAUUUCUUCGCAAGCCUUUUCGGAAGUACCUUUGACACUGAUCCCCGGUUUAUCAGUAGAGAUUGGCACGGGAUCCAAUCUCCUGUAGAUGCUGCCAUGGUGGGGCGAGUUCACCUCAGUGUCAAGCCAACAUCUCCUCCAAGGAGGUGGAGCAACCGCAGGAGGGGAUCCAGCAGAAGACGGGGCCCACAUCGGAGAAGACAAAGUCACAGAUGGAUGGCAGAUUUGUGGCUGGACGAUGACUUUGAUUUGAGCAUGGAAGAAAGCGACUUCACUGAUCAAAGCACCACGCCCAACAACAGACACAUUCCUGUUCAAAAUGUGUACUUCUUUAAGAAAGAUAAAUACUACAGAGUGGGGCUUCGUACUAAACAUGUGGAUGUUGCCAUACCACCUUACCCAAGAUCCAUUGCAAAGUAUUGGCUGGGCUGCAAAGAGGAAGAGAGGCCUGAUAAUUCAAAGGCAGAAAAGAAAUAAGUCAAUUGACAUAAAAACAUCCCCAGUUCCAUAGUAGACCCUACUCUUUACUAAUUCUUUUAGGUCUUGAUCACAGAAUCACUCUCAGAUCAUAAAGAAACACAAUAACUUUUUUAUAGACUAAGAUACUUUUAAAUACAUUAGAUAACAUUGUUGAGAAUCCUUUUUAUAGCUGCCUAAUGCAUUAACAGGAUAUUCUAAACCAUGAAAGUUGCAUUUCAAGCGAAUGUUACACACAUGCAGUCACAGAGAUUGAAGUACUAAAAAAUGUUCAUGAAACUGUAAAAAAAGGCGAAGAAGUACUUCCAAACAAACUUAAUACCUUUAACUUACUGCAAAUGUCUACUACUUCCAUGUGUAAUAACUUAAAGAACUGCGCCAUCUGUUGGUCAGUUGUUUAAAGGCAAGUACAGAAUCUAAACACAGGAUAUAUGUCAACUUAUGUUCUUAUGUUCACACUAUUGACUUUGUUAAAUGUUUGCCUACCAAGUUCAGACAAUAUGUGUAAAUUCUGAUCAUUAAAACGAUCUAUAUUGGACUAGUGACGUCCUAAAUCCACAA